GUUGAGAUCGUAGGAGGGUCCACACUCAGGUCACGACGCUUCCAGCAUUUCACUAUACACUUUCCUUUCUGAAUAUGGUUCUCCACCACUGUCUGGGGUUGGUUCAGUGCGAGGAGCAUGCCGACAAAGCAGUGGCCUCCUCUUGUCAGUGGCCACCACACGCGGAGCCUCAAUGGCGUAAUGAAUGGAAGGCGAAAUUUCAGCGGCAAUGCACUGCAGGUCCUCUUUCUACUCGACGAGGAUGGGCGUGAGAAUUUCGCUUCUUCCUGUGCUUCGUCGUCCGGAAUUCUGUACCUAACGGAGCUGCGCCAGCUAUCCCAUGCGAUACAAUGACGGUCCCAGGCACAGGUGUUUACGUCGCCUGCUGCUGUCGGCAAUCGUCGGCCUAGCAGUCUGUCUCGACAGACCUUCGGGCGCGUCUCCCAGGUUACACAAGAGACGGAAACAGUUCCAAUGCCGAUGGCUUGUCGCAGGCGGCUGCGCACGUCCUUCACCGCCUCGCAAUGACCACCGAGGGAGGCGUGUGCCGGAUGGCGGAGGCGAAGUAUAUUGGUCGCCGUCAAGAAGCGGUCUGUCCGCAAGCCGAGAUCGCAGUACUUGUUGGGGAAGAUCAAGAAUCCACUAUUCUCGUGGCCGACGAGCGCUAUGUCAUCACGAAGGACAUACUCUCGUGUCCGAACGCUUACGAAGAUGCCAUGUUGUUGUUCAGUGCGUUUUUGAGGAGCCUCCUGUUGGACUUCGCUUCCAGGAAUGGGAGGUAGGCAGCGCUGACGCUGCGCAAACUGUCGCGCAAUGGCUGCAGCCUCAUAAGAGUAGAUGAGCAGCCAGACGCAGAAGCCGCCUCAGCCUUUAUCAUUGAGUAAAUUCCAAAUCGGAGGAAGAAAGAUUAGUGCAUCUCUGUUGGCGUUGGUAUGGGGACUAUUUGAGUGCCGGACGGAUGGGCCCACACCUUCAUAUCGAGGUGGAGAGGUGGCCGCGGCACUGCGUUCCUGAUGCAGUAGUAUUGACAGACUAACGCCUCAUUUGUACA